AUGAGCGACCCUGUGCAGGCACCCCCGAGUCCGCGCGACUCCGCAACAUACAAAGAUCAUGACGCGCGACGCGAUAGCGAUGACCGUGGUAGUUUCGUGUCCCCGGAUCCAUUCAAGACCGACGCGAAUGCGCCUUCACUCGACAUCAAGGCCCUCACAGAUCGCACCCUCCACUUUUUGGCGACAGCGAGCAAUGAGACACUUGGGGCCUGUCUCGCCGGACUGGGCGCAGGCACAUAUCUCAUUCUCGGACGCGUAGGGCUGGUCCUUAUAGGCGUUGUGGGCGGCGUGGUACUCCAUGCCACAUGGGAAGGAUACCAUGGUGGCGAGAAGGAGACGACAGGAGCGGGCGAGAGCAAGAAGCGAGAGUUAGCCGCCGAUAUUGCGCAGAGAGUGCUCGACUGGCGCAACACCAAGGCACAAGAGAAGAAUAGUCAGGAAGAUGACAGCUUCGACCUCAACCUCCAGCUGUAUUCAGGCAAGAAGCUCGAUUACUCCGAGUUCAAGACCGAGACGGCGGCGGCGUUGAAUGAGCUGACGGACGCAGUCAUGCGUGACUAUGUCAAGUGGUGGUACGCCCCCCUACUACCUACCGACCAUACCUUUCCAGACUCGUGCCGCCAGACCUUUACCGCUUUCAUCCUCUCCAUAUCUGCUCACCUCUCCCGCAAGCGACCAGCCGAUAACUUCCUUGACUUCGUGACGCGCUCGUCAUCUUUCAUGAUCAUACUGCUGCAGGAGAUUGCGACCGCUAUACAAGCCUCUCCGGGUGAUGCCCCUACCGAGGCGGUGGAUAUAUAUCUCAAGAUGAAGCGCGACAGCACUCUGGCCAACAUCCUUGACCCAGACUACCAGAUGAAGCAAUUCAGUGUGGCAGCGGAGGACAUUCUGCAGAACUAUCUGGACCCGAAGACGUACAACUGCAUACCAGCCAGGACGUUUCUACACCAGGUAGUAGCCAAGCUGGUACUCGAAAUGAUCGUUGUGAGCUGCUCCAAGCCUGAGUUCAUCAACGGGUUGAUUGUGCAACUUUUGGAAGACGGCGAACCAGAGUUGCUGAGUGCCAUCGAUGCUGGCGUUGAGGGUGGGCAAAUACGGAACGCGAGGAAGAGCGUAGAUUUCCCCGAAGGCUCAGAGGGGGCGAACGCAGCUGAGAGAAGGGAACACAAGCGUGUCAUGAGCAAAGCUCAAGAGGCGAUGGAUGAUGCAAUGCGCGAAGCCCAGCUGUUGAGCCAAAUGAUAGCCGAGGAAGAUGCAAAGCGUUUGAAGGAGGAGCAGAAGCAAAGUUCGUCUACGUUGACUUUAAACGACGAUCAGUCGGAAAGCACCACCCAAGGCAUCGUCACGCCAUCUUCCUCGGGCAGUGAAGCACAUGGCGACACAGAUAUGGGAAAUUCGGUCCUUUCAAGACAAUCCAUGUCAGAGGCUGGCCCAACAUCUCCAACAAGAGCGUCCGAGGAGCCACCAAAGGAAGAAGCUAAAAAGGCAUUCACCAGCUUUGAUCAGCUCGUGCUACCACAACCACCUACUGCGUUGAUGGACAACCCGAGUCCUGCCGAGAAACCACCACCAUUGACCCUGCACAACGCCACAAUGUCCAUCUUCGAUGAUAGCAUGCCCGGAGAGAAGGGCACUAUCAAAAGCAAGCCAAUGGCAGAAUACCUCAUACAGAUUGAGCCCAAGUCGAGUCAUCAUCCUGGUUGGAUGACAGCGCGCAAGUACACUGAGUUUGAAACGUUGCAUGAAGUCAUCCGUCGGAUAGCAGCCAUUACCGGUAGUGCCGCCUUCAGUGAAGCUCACGCUACAUUGCCCUCAUGGAAAGGCCACACUAAAGCAUCUCUUCGCGGAGAGCUCGAAAGAUACCUCAAUGACGCAGUGCAGUACCAGCCUCUUGCUGAAAGCGAAGGCAUGAAGCGCUUCCUGGACAAAGAGCUUGGUUCUGGAAAGACCCCGAACAGCGGCUUCCCAGGUAUCGGAUGGGCUGGUCAGACAUUUGAUACCGUAGGCAAAGGUAUGUUGGGCGCGCUUUCAAAGGCACCCAAAGAAGUGGCUGGUGGUGGCAAAGCACUAUUCGGUGGUGUCUCGAGUGCGAUAGGAAGCGUAGUAGCACCGUUAGGAGGAAGGAAGCAGCGCGACUCUAUCACCAGUGUUACUAACACAUCAAGUCCUCCCCUAAGCCGCACAACCACACGACAGAGCAGAGCAGAGUCGACUGUUUCCGAGCUACCCACACACAUCCGCUCCCCGAGCACCGUAUCUCUAGUAACAAAUUUAGCGAGCAAACGGACGUCGAUAGAAUCAUUACGCGAUCCUCACUCACCUGUCAUAGAUCAGCAACCGGGCCGCGAGGCUCCAAUGGAGCGCCGACCCUCAUAUAACCCCGACGGCGAUGGCAAGCGAUCUAGUGUGUCUUCCAGAUAUGGCUCACGGAGUAACAGUCGCGCACCAGGAACACGGGAAAAGAUCGAAGAACUCAGUCCGAUGAUGGGUGGUGAUCAGAUCCUCAAUCUACCCCCCAUGCCCAGUGAAAUUUCCGACGACUACGGCGCUCCUCGCAGCGUCCCCGACACAAUACAGGCCCAAAAGCCGUCUCGCACAUCAACAGACUCUGUGCCAUCUCUUCCCCGUCGUACAUCAGCCACCUCAAUCACGUCUUCGCCCAUAAAAUCUCCGCCCAAGAACCGCAUGUCAAUCGUCACCCACACACCGCUUUCCGAGCCCGAAACCACUGUCCUAAUCGAAUUAAUCUUUGCCGUCAUAAACGAACUCUACACCUUAUCCUCCGCCUGGACCCUCCGCCGCACCCUUCUCAACGCAGCAAAAACCUACCUCCUCCGCCCAGGAAACCCGCAACUCUCCUCCAUCACAUCACUCAUGCAAACGACCGUACUCGAUGACAACACUUCCGACGCUGGUCUCGCAUAUCAUAUCCGCAAGAUCCGCGCCUCGGGCCUCCCAACAGAGGAAGAAUUAAAGAGCUGGCCAAAGGAGAUGCCGGAAGACGAGAAAGAGAAGUUACGAGUUAAAGCUAGGAAGUUGUUAAUAGAACGCGGUAUGCCUCAGGCACUUACCAGUGUCAUGGGGCAGGCUGCUAGCGGUGAGGCGCUGGGCAAGGUGUUUGAUUGUUUGCAGGAUACGAGGGUUGCGAGGGGUGUGGUGUUUGGUCUUGUGCUUCAGGGAUUGAGGGCUAUUACGCAAUAAGUGAAAAUACUAGAUUUUGUUUGUAUUUGUGAUGAAUAAUAUCAAGAUUAUUUUCUGUCC